AUGCCCUAUGACUCCACGGAUCCACCACAUGAAGAAGUAAAAAACCUGGUGGCCUAUGCGGAAGCCGGAGAGCUCGAACUCCUGCUAGGUUGCAACGCGAACUCCCACUAUGUAGGAUGGGGAAGCACAGACACCAACCUGCGGGAGGAGAGUCUCUACGACUACCUAAUGGGCACAGGAUUAACCAUUCUUAACAGAGAAAACGAGCCGACAUUUCUGGACUUCAGAAGACAGGAAGUCAUUGAUAUUAUGGCGAAAAGGACAGGACUUGCAAUACACUGGGAGGCCUUUAGAAGCUUCCAACGCGAGUACAGCAAUGAGAUUAAGAAAUCAAAGUGCAAAGGCUGGAGACGUUUCUGUGAAACCAUUGAAAGCGCCCCGGAGGCAUCCAUGCUUCACAGAAUCCUCAAUUUGGAUCACCAUCCCCAAUUAGGCUGUUUCAAGCUUCCAACGAAGAAUGUCACUGAGGAGGCAACGGACACAUUGAAACAUUUAAUGGAAAUCCACUUCCCAGGUUUUGAUCAUAUCAUACAACCCUGCCGACCGAAGCCUAGAGAAUAUAAACCCAGAGACUGGCGUCUGGCAGCUGAGCCUGGUAGAAAUGGCCAUAUAACAGCCAAAGACUUCAGACCGAUUAGUCUCACUUCCUUUGUACUGAAAACACUGGAGAGACUGGUUGAUAGAUAUCUGAAAAUCGGCCCUUUGCUAGUACAUCCGCUGUCUACGGCUCAGUAUGCCUACAGGGAGGGCAGAUCAACAGAUAAUGCCUUGCAUCAUCUUGUGGGCGGAGUCGAAGUGCAAUUGGAAGCAAAGGGAUAUGCUCUGGGCGUCUUUCUGGACAUUGAGGGAGCUUUCGAUAGCACUUUAUAUGAUUUUAUCAGAGAAGCAAUGACCGGGCAUCACAUUCCCGCUGCUCUAGCAGACUGGACACAAAGCAUGCUAACAGGAAGAACCCUGAUUGUCAAUCAUGGGGACUCAAAUGUGCAUGGUUUCCCCGCUAAAGGAUGCCCGCAGGGAGGAGUUUUAUCUCCUCUGCUCUGGUGUCUGGUCGCGGAUGAAUUUUUACGAGAAUUACAGAAGAAAGGCUUCCUCGUCUUUGGCUACGCUGAUGACGUGGCCAUUAUAGUGCGAGGUAGUUUUUUUUCAACACUUAAGGAGACUAUGCAGAAAGCCCUUAAGAUCAUGCAAGACUGGUGUCAAUCAAAAGGACUCAGGCCUAAUCCUUCAAAGACCAAGACCAUGAUUUUCACCAGGAAAUAUAAACUGGAAGCCAUUGAGCCGCUUAGACUCGGGCGCGAAGAAAUAAAAUACGUCCAAUCUGUUAAAUAUUUGGGAGUUUACCUAGACCCCAAAUUGAACUGGAAAACACAUCUCGGAAUAAAGAGAACUAAAUUCUAUGCCUUUUAUUGGGCUUGUAGAAGAGCAAUGUGCAAAUCCUGGGGUAUCAAAUUAAAUACUGCUCUAUGGAUAUACAAGGCGGACAAUUACCUGAGGGCUGCGGCAGAAACUAUGAGAACGACACCAACAGAAGCGUUGGAAAUAGCGCUCUGCAUCCCACCUUUAAAUUUGACAAUUAUAAGCGCGGCCAGUCUCACAGCAUAUAAACUUUGGUGUCAAGAGGAGUGGAGAAAUUUCAGGCGAGGCCACACCAGGCUCGGUUUUCUUCACAAACCUUCUUUUACCUUAAAACACGAUAGAAUAUCCAGAAUAUGCCAAAUCCAGCCGGGCGUUCAGGCCUGGUUCACUGAUGGAUCUGGAGUAAACGGCCGCUUUGAAGCGGGCAUAUACUGUCCAGGAUCAAAUCACAGGGAGUCGUUCUCCCUGGGUAAGUUGGCCACGGUCUUUCAAGCGGAAGUCCUGGCCAUUCUGAAAUGUGCAAGACUCCUACUAUCAAAUGAAACAAAAAAGAGGAGGAUCAACAUUUAUACAGAUAGUAAAGCAGCCAUAGGAGUUCUUGCUAAAACCACCACUGAAUCCUCAGUGGUCUGGAACUGUAUGCAAGCUCUAAAUAGUUUGGGUGAGCGAAACAGCAUCACGCUAGUUUGGGUACCUGGCAACCAAGGUAUUCAAGGCAACGAGAUGGCUGACAGUCUGGCAAAACUGGGUACCUUAGAGGAAACCAGCUUAUCAAAGAGUUGA